AGCAGCCCCCGCGCGCCUAUAAAUCCCGCGCCCCCAGCAGCCCCGCGAGCCACUCCAGCCUCCGAGCCGCUGCCAGCUGCCCACAGACCGAGGCCCGUGCGGGUUUCCACUUCCUGAGGCGGCUCCGCCCAGCAGCCUCACUUCAGACCCGCUCGCCUUCUCAGGACUAUCACCAGGGCCUAGAGCCGCCACCAUGAGUGAAAUUCCUAAGGAUUCUUUGAAGGACAUUCUGUUGGAACUAGAGUGUCACUUUACAUGGAAUUUACUCAAGGAAGAUAUUGAUCUGCUUGAUGUGGAAGAUACAAUUGGCCAACAACUUGAGUUUCUUACCACACAAUCCAGACUCACUCUUUAUAAUUUACUGGCAUAUGUGAAACACCUAAAAGGCCAAAAUAAAGAUGCACUGGUGUGCUUGGAGCAAGCAGAAGAAAUAAUCCAUCAAGAACACUCAGACAAAGAAGUACAAAGACUGGUCACUUGGGGAAACUACUCCUGGGUUUAUUAUCACAUGGACCAUUUUAAAGAAGCUCAGAAGUACAUAGACAAGAUUGGGGAGGUAUGCAAGAAGUUGUCCAGCCCUUCUAGCUACAAGUUGGAGCAUCCUAAGAUUGACUGUGAGAAAGGGUGGGCACUUUUGAAAUUUGGGGGAAAGUAUUACCAAAAGGCUAAAGUGGCUUUUGAGAAGGCUCUGGAAGUGGAGCCUGACAACCCAGAAUUUAACAUUGGCUAUGCCAUCACUGUGUAUCGACUGGAUGAUUCUGACAGAGAAGGGUCUGUAAAGAGUUUUUCCCUGGGACCUCUGAGGAAGGCUGUUACCCUGAAUCCAGGUAACACCUACAUCAAGGUUUUCCUAGCACUGAAGCUUCAAGAUGUACAUGCUGAAGAUGAAGGGGAAAAGUAUAUUGAAGAAAUCCUGGACCAAAUACCAUCUCAAUCUUAUGUCCUUCGUUAUGCAGCCAAAUUCUACAGGAGAAAAAAUUCCUGGGACAAAGCUCUUGAACUUUUGAAAAAAGCCUUGGAAGUGACACCAACCUCUUCUUUCCUGCAUCAUCAAAUGGGACUUUGCUACCGGGCGCAAAUGAUCCAAAUCAAGAAGGCCACACAUAAUAAACCAAAAGGAAAGGAUAAGCUGAAAGUUGAUGAGCUGGUUUCAUCUGCUGUACUUCACUUCAAAGCAGCUGUAGAACGAGACUCUAUGUUUGCAUUUGCCUACACAGACCUGGCCAACAUGUAUGCUGAGGCAGGGCAGUAUAGAAAUUCUGAAGACAUUUUCCAGAAAGCCCUUCGUCUGGAAAACAUAACUGAUGAUCACAAACAUCAGAUCCAUUACCACUAUGGCCGCUUUCAGGAAUUUCACUGUAAAUCAGAGAGUACUGCCAUUCACCAUUACUUGGAAGCUUUAAAGGUCAAAGACAGGUCAUCCCUGCGCACCAAACUAACAGGUUCUCUGAAGAAACUGGCUUCCAAGAGACUUGGUCACAAUGGUUUUGAUUUGCAGAGUUUAAAUGCCCUUGGGUUUGUUUAUAAGUUGGAGGGAGAGAAGAGGCAGGCUGCUGAGUGCUAUGAAAGAGCCCAGAAACUAGACCCAGAAAAUGCAGAAUUCCUUACUGCUCUCUGUGAGCUCCGACUUUCUAUGUGAACAUUAGUUAUAAGCUUUUCCAUCUAUUUUGUGUUCUUAUAUUUGUGUUUAUUUUUCAGUCUGUUGUUCAUUAUAGUUUUUCUUGACUACUGUGUACGAAGCCAUGCUAAAUAAUUACAUUAUGAUGACUCUUUAAAAAAAAUUAAGGUGUUUUUAUUUGUUUACCAGAGAAUAGCUCAACUUUGGUUUAUGGUGGUGCUGGGGUUUAAACAUAGGACUUCAGAGCCUCAGGUAUGAAAGCCUGUUACAUAAAGUGCUGUGCGUUACCUCUGGCCCCCAUAUGAAUAAUCAUUUUGUUUUCCUACAUUAUAAUAUUGUACUGCUAAUUGAGAAAUAAUAUCAUUUCAGCUGUUGUAAUGUUUGUAAAAUGGUAUGACUAAUAUGUCUUUAUAUCCUUUGUCUCUACUACUUGGAACAAUUUUCAGAGUAAAUUUAAUCAAAAUGCUCUGUAUUCACUUACACAGUGAGCAUUAUCCUACAUUAGUCUAUCACCUAGGUCAGGAGCACUCUAGAGUGCAAAACUGCUAGUUAAAUUUUUAACUAUGUAGCUUGCAAGAAAUGGAACCUCUCAGUUACAGUUGUUCUGUCUUUGAUGAGGAUCAUUAAUGACUAAUCUGAUUGCCAUUUAAAGAUUCCUCUUGUUGGAUGAAAAAAGUUCAUAAUAAUAAAACAUUUGUCAAAGCUGAUGACUUCAUUAAAAGGAAAAAAAAGAGCAUGGAAAAGUGUUUUUAAAUAUAGAACUUUAGGGACCCAUGAGAAAUCACCCCAAAUAUUCAUUAACUAGCUAGACAUAAUUAUAAAAGAGAGAUGAAUAAAAAAUCAUCAACAUCAAGUUUCUUUGGGUCUUUUAACUAGAAGAAUAAACCUAAAUUGAGCCUAGUGUUAAUUUUAUUCCUUCUAGUAAAAUUGUAGUACUUUUAGGUUAGGUCAUUGAUAUUUAAAGCAAAUCUUAACAUGUUGUCAGAGAAAAAUUAUAAACAAGUGAAUAAACUAAAUGUCCCUAACCUCUCUCUAAAUUACCAAGGUUUCAGUAAUUUAGUUUAGGAUCUGGACAGAGUUGAGUUAUGCUCCCAGUUUCUGAUCUUUGUUUAACUGUUUUAGUAUCUCAUUAUUACAUCUAUGAAGCUUUUUCUUUUGUCUCAAGUUUUCAGAUUGGUUUCCUAGAGCUUCUUCAGGAAAAUGGAAGCCCAGUUUUCAGUUUUAAUGUCCAUAUUGAGGGCUUGCUACUUAAGGGCUCCUAUCCCAGGUAACUUUUAAGUUGGGGUGUUGCUAAAAGUGACUUUUCUAGUGCUUUUUUUUUCUUUUUUAUUUAUAAACUACUUUCACAGCAUUAGUGGAAAGUGUGUUAUGCAAUUUAAUCCUCCAUAUCACCAAUGUAGUUGUUAAAAAAUACUCAUGUGUGUAUGUAUGUAUGUGUGUGUAUAUAUAUAUAUGUAUGUAUGUGUUUAAUUUUGUCUUUUUCUGUUUUUACUUUAAAUUUUAUGACUUUGAUGCAAAAGUAAUGCAUCCUCACUGUACAAUUUCAAGUGAGACAGAAGUAAAUAUAUUUAAAAUAACUUUUCUUAUUCAAUCCAGUUUGAUGUGUCUGUUUUUCCUAUGCAUGUUCAAAUGUACAUGUAUAUAUGCUGCAGUGUAUCUCAUAAAUUAAAAAUUUAAAUGUU